AUGAGCGGUCCGGUGAUAUGCUUUGCGGGUUUUGCCCCAGAUGAACUUAAGCCGUCGGUCUCCUGCCCGACAACUGCAUCUUCUCAGAAUUACCACCAAAACGACGACGAAAAUUCACAUGAAGCACUGAAAGAUCCUUCAAUUCCUCCCCCAAAGAAGAAGAGAAAACGGACGCCGAAGUCGAAGAGGGAUGGAUAUGCGACCCAGAAGGCUGCGGAGGCAGCUGGUGCUGGAGACGGGGGAAAUGCUGUGGAAGACUCCGGUGCCGAUGCGGACGCUGGUCCCGUUGAUAAGCCAGAAGAACCAAAGAAAUUGAGCAAGAGUGCAAAAAAGAAGAUUCGAGAAAAGAAGAGGAAGGAGCAGUUUGUUUCUGCUUCCGAGUCCCGGCGUUUGAAGCGCAUAAAUGAGAAGCUGGAAAGUACAACGUGUUUUGCUUGUCGUGAGAGGGGUCAUGCUGCUAAGGACUGCCCUUCGAGCAAAUCAGGAGAGGCUGGGGCCGACGGUGGAAAGACGGGUGCUGUAGGCAUUUGCUAUAGAUGCGGCUCGAAGAAGCACGGUUUGUCAAGAUGCAAAAAGCCCAAUAAUCCUGAAGACCCUUACCCAACAAAGCUAAAGGCGUAUACCCAAAUGGUGGAUGCUGCAAGCUUUGUGGGGAGACCUCGCAUCUGGCUAGGGAUUCCUCCUGAUUGUCUAUUCCGUGAAGUGGUUGAUCCAGCGGCAUUAGUGGGCACAGGUCGCGAAGGUGGUGCGGACGAAGAUGACUUCCAUACCAUCAAGCGGACGACCGCAGAGCUGGAUCGCGGCAAAAAACAUGAAGACAAAGUGAAGCGUGUCCUUUCGGUCCAGACUGGUAUCCUAUCAGGGAAACCCGUAUCCUUGGCCAACCCAUCCCCUGCGAAGAAGAAAGUAGUCGUAUUCAAAUGA